AUGUCAGUGGCACUCCACCAACCAGACCAAUACCCAUCCCCUAGGGAACCACAGGCCAGCUUGGGCCAUGAUGCUGAAAAGCCAUCCGACCAGCAAUCUCCGCCAGAGGAAGCCCUAGCUGGGUCGGAUGGGGGCAGAAAAAUCCGUGGCUUUCGUUGGCUAAUCAUCUGUACCUCGCUCUAUACAACUUGCUUCCUAUACGGCCUCGACACCACAAUCGCAGCAGACGUUCAAAGCGCCGUGAUCACAAGAUUCGGUCAUGUCGAUCAAAUCGCCUGGAUCGGAGCGGGUUUCCCAUUGGGCUCUGUGUGUGUCAUUCUAUUCCUCAAUACCCUUUUCAAUACCUUCAAUAUGAAAUGGGUAUACUUUUCGACCGUCGUGCUCUUUGAGGCUGGCUCGGCUAUAUGUGGCGCCGCUCCAACCAUGAGCGCUCUUAUAGUUGGCCGUGUCAUCGCUGGUGCUGGGGGCAGCGGCAUUUACCUCGGAUCUCUACAAUACCUCGCGGUAAUGACCACGGAAAAGGAACGAGGCUUUUAUAUGUCUCUGAUUGCCAUGUUUUGGGGCCUUGGUGCAGUUUUAGGACCCGUUGUUGGCGGGGCCUUUGCUGUAUCCUCGGCAACCUGGCGUUGGGCCUUCUACAUUAAUUUGGUUAUAGGUGCUGUAUCGGCUCCGGCUUUUCUUUUCUGUCUUCCAGCUAUUCAUCCGAUGAAAGGUGUCAGCGUCCGAAGUCGGUUGGCUUCCAUCGAUUUCGUGGGUCUCAUUCUUGGAGCUGGUGUCUGGGUCAGUUUCCUUUUAGCAUUCACAAUGGCUGGAACUGAAUGGCCAUGGAAGGACGGUCGCACUAUCGCUACAUUUGUUGUCUUUGGGGUUGUAUUGCUUCUCUAUGUCUUGCAGCAAUACUUCGCUGUUUUGACUAGCCCUGCCAGACGUGCUUUCCCAGGUCAUCUUCUAGGCGACCGCACCCAGGUUCUUCUUUAUAUUGCGACAGCAGCUGGCACGACAACCCUUUAUGUUGUGGUCUACUACAUUCCCAUAUACUUCCAGUUCGUUAACAGUGAUGCAGCCCUCAUGGCUGCUGUGCGUUUGUUGCCCUUUGUUAUCAUUGCUGUCGCUGUCAACCUUGUUUCGGGGUCAUUACUUCACUUCAUCAAGUUAUAUAAGGUCAUCUAUAUCAUCGCCAGCAUUUUCUUGGUAGCUGGUGGUGGUCCCUUGAUGGUUUACCUCGACACCACUACGAAAACAGGCACUAUAUACGGCUUGACAAUACUUGUGGCUGUUGGCACCGGUCUUUCAAUGGUGACCGGCUAUACGGUUGCUACCCUGACCACCAAUCCAGAGGACACAGGCUCUGGCCUCAGUUUGCAAAACGUCUCACAGAUCGGUGGACAGGUAAUUGCGCUCGCUAUUGCGUCACAAAUCUACCAGGAAGUUGCCAUCAAGAAUCUGUCAACAGUGCUAGCCGGCAAAAGUUACUCGCAACAGGAAAUUCAGAGCGCAGUGGCAGGAGCGCAGAGCACAAUGUUCGACAAUCUGAGCGGCGAGCUGCGAGACAAAGCGAUUGUCGCCAUUACUGAUGCAAUGAAAAUGACCUUUGUGAUGGUACCUGUUGCCGGGGCCAUAAUGCUGAUUGCUGCUCUUUGCAUGAAGAAUGAGAAGCUUUUUGGUCGUGCCAUCGCUGUCGGAGGCUAG